AUGAGGUACUAUGUGAUCCCUCUGGUGCUUGUCCUGGUGGUGGCUGGACUGAACCUCACAGCCGUAUUCCAUCAUGUUCAUCAAACCAGACAACAACCAGCUCCUCCCAAAGAUUCUCCAGAUUCAAGACGGGUCAGAGUAUCUAAAGAUCAAAUAUACAAAGAAAGACGCGAGCAUGUAAAGCGUGAAUGUCGUAAUUCUAGCGAAGGUUUCGUUGGGAACAUAUUCCGCCAUGACAACUUGCAUUUAGCCUACUGUCCUGUAGCCAAGGUAGGCAGCACCUUCUGGAAGAGAGUGUUCCUCUUCUUGCAUAACGACACAGGUAUAAUUCCUGUGAAGUCUCCCUUCGACAUCCCUCGCGCAUUCGUGCACUAUGGAAAGAAAAACAAAACACAGGUUUCUCCUCUGGAUGAAUUUACCAAGAAGACCAUCUUUGGCAAUUACACCCGUUUCAUGUUUGGCCGUGAUCCUUAUUCGAGAUUGUGGUCUGCAUACCUUGAUAAGUUUUUUCUUCCCGACUUCUGGAGAAGUUUUGCACUGCAUAUAACAAGACAACGACAUGACUCAACAAUCGAAGCUAGGAAGUGUGGCAGUGAUGUGAGUUUCAGCGAGUUCCUUCAGUACGUAGUCUCUCUUCCGCCAGAAAACAUGAAUGAGCAUUGGCAGCCUAUUCAGUACAGAUGCGACCCGUGUCGGUUUAAGCCAAACAUCAUCGGAAAGCAAGAGACGUUUGGCGAUGAUUCCAGGUAUAUUUUGCAGGGAAUCGGAGAGGAGUGGAUUAUGAAUGAGUUUGAUCAGAAUGCACAAGUUGAAGAAGAACUUAGUAUGCUAAUAGAUUAUAAUUUUCUUAUAUGUGCAAAACUCCGGUUUUAUUGGAACUGUACAUCAAGCGUAGACAUAGCCAGGAGGUUAUGGAAAGUGUUUCAACUGAAUGGCUACCUCCCUAUCGAAGAAACCGCCGAGAGCAUUUUAACCAGAAUGUCCCAAAACUUUUUUAAUGGAGAUAUGUUUAAGGCGUAUGUUUUGAAAGUAUAUCGUCAAACUCCGGCUGAGGAAAGGAGGGCAUGGAAACAACAGAGAAAGGAGGCAAUAAUCGGGGCGUACAAAACCGUUCCUUUGAAACUUAUCAAAAGUAUUACUAAGUUAUUCUCAAACGACUUUGAAUUGUUUGGAUAUGAUACUGCACCUCCAGAUAAGAGAGACGCAUAAUCAAAUUUACAUAUAAUACAUAC